CAGGAGCCCUCUCUGACGCCACGGGCAGCGACGACUGGGCCUUCUACCUGGCCGGGAUGACCUUGACCCUCAGCGGCAUCAUCUGCCUGCCCCUCCGUCGUGUCGCGCGCUGGGAGGGACUAGUGGGGCCCAGGUCGGUCAGCGAGGUGAUCACCACGGACGGAGGAAACAAAAGGAAGAGGGGCAGCAGGAGGGGGAAGGAGGAGGAGAGGGAGGAGGAGGAGGAGGUCAUGAUGUCUUCACGAGGCCGCGAGUCCGGUGCCAUGGUGUGAGGCAGGCGUCAGGUGACGUCACGCUAAGAGGGAAGGGGGAAACCCACACACAGAGAGACACCACGUUCGUAACGCCCGCCGUCACGUGGUGUUUUGCGCCGUCACGUGAUGGCAACGCGACGUGGUGUUUCACCACGCCAUAUGAUGACACUGCCACGUGGUGGUUUACAGCGCAACAUGAUGACAACGCCACGUAGUGUUUUACGCGGCCACGUGAUGAUAACGCCACCUGUCGUUUUGCGACGUCACGUGAGAACACUGCCACGCCACCGUGACGUGAUACCCGGGCUGUGGCGUGCGUGACUGCGUGAGGGUGGUGCGUUACAGCGUGACCACGUUCGUCACGUAGUGUGACUACGUGAUGAUGACACACCAGCGUUGUGACGUGACCACGUGAUGAUGACAUUCCAGCGUUGUGACGUGACCACGUGAACACAGCACCACGGCCUGUCUGGCGACGUGACCGCGUGCUGGUGACAUUCCAGCGUUGUGACGUGACCACGUGAUGAUGACAUUUCAGCGUUGUGGCGUGACCACGUGAACACAGCACGCACGGCCUGUCUGGCUGGUACGUGACCGCACGUGAAAACAGACGUGGCGCGUGAAAUGAAGACAGAAAGUUCGGCGGCUUGUGCCUAAAAAACACCUAUUGUCGACAGGAUUGUGUUUCAAUAGCUGGCUGAACAAGGGGAACCAAACAACUUUGGGAGGGAUGGAUACCUGAUAGUAUGGUACCUCCUACUUUUGUUUGCUUGCUUGUUUGUUUGUUUGUUUGUUUUUUAACAAGAUUUUAAACACUAAUAACAAAGAUGGAAGUGUGGAUGAUUGCUCUU